GUGGAAUCGCAUGCUUUUUGGAGUAAAAAUCAGCGAUUGAUCCGAGAAAAACAUUUUUUUCUGAAAGAAAAUAAAGUUAUUACCAAGAACUUUACUGCUGUGGGAAGGCAAAGCGCAGUGUCUAUAGAAAUGAGUUUUUGAGAUAUUUGAAGAAACACCUGUUGGAAUUCACACAUAUUGACAAUAGGGAAAUGUUGCAGGUUAAUUUAUGAAUUAUGUCGAAGAAAGGUGACGGAAAAGUUAGCAUGAAUAAUGAAUUUAUUGAUACUAAAGCAGAAACAGACAUGCAGUUAAAGGAAGCUACUUGCACCAAACUUAUUGAUGCUAAAGCAGAAGCAAAUGUAGAGUUAAAAGAUGCAACUAGUACCAUGUCUGCAAAAGAUAGGAAUUACCUUCCAUGGAAUGAUUAUUUUAUGAGCUUAAGUUACCUCAUUGCUGCUGGAAGUAGACAUCCUGUCACUAAGGUUGGUGCCUGCAUAAUUAAUGAGGACAAUAAAGUUAUAAGUGUUGGUUAUAAUGGAAUGCCUAAUGGCAUUGAUGAAGCAAUGCUUUCUUGGGAAGAAACUGAAUCAUCUUCUGCAACUAAAAAUCCAUAUGUUGUUCAUGCAGAAAUGAAUGCUAUCAUGAAUGGAAAACAUAUAGAUUUUAUGAAUUGCAAAAUGUUUGUCACAGAGUUUCCUUGCUCUGAAUGUGCCAAGCUAAUCAUACAAGCAGGGAUAAAAGAGGUUUUUUAUGCAGAGAAAAGAAAAUCAUUGACAAAAGAGAUAAUGAUUCCUACAAUGAAAAUGUUUGAUCUAGCAGGUGUUUCUCUGAAGUAUUUUCAGCCAUCCAUUAAAAAACUGAAAAUUGACCUGCACAAUGUUUCCACUUACUUGAUUAGAACUGAUGAAGAUUGCAAUAUUUAAAAUAAAAAUUUGGAAAAGUGUAUCAUCUUUGUAACUUCUAUAUUAUUAUUUUAAUAAAAUGUUACUUUAAG